AUGUUGUUAAAUAACGUUUCCACAUUCUCAAGCGACAUAAUUAAAGCCUUAGUAAAGUCUGUUGACUUUAUGAGCGUCCAACUUGAUAUUUUUGAAAAUCAAAUUAAAGAAAUUUUUUGUUCUUUAAAACAAAUUCAAUCAGAAAAUAAAUUGAUUAAAGAUCAGACAUUAAAUUAUCCGAAGAAGUUUUACACCUUAACAAAACAAUUAACUCACUGGAACGGAAGUCCAUUGAAAAUAAUAUUGAACUUGUUGGUGUCCUCGAAUUCCCUAAAGAAUUGCAUCAAAGCUAAACGUUGA